UGGAGCAGCACUGACUUCAGUCUGAUUCAGAUUGAAUGUGGCAAUAGUGGCAUUACUGGCAUUCGGCAUUUGUAUUUGACAAAGAAGUUGGGAAGUGUUAUGUAUUAACUGUGCGAUUUACCGAAACUAGUUAAUGAAACUAUUUUUUUUUAUUCAUUGCGAUCUAAUGAAACUGAACUAUAUCAAGCAGUAAAAGCAAACUCAACACUAUAAAAUCUAAAGUGAAAGGAAUGCUCUAUUUCCCUGACCUGUUACAUUUGCUUUCCCUCUGAAGGAAAUUAUUUUUUUAGUUUUUGGUACAAGAGAAUAAGGCAAACUUCAGUAGAAUGGAUCACAUGGACCACUCUGAACAUUCGCUGCACCAGCACGGCGACAUGACACCAAAACCGAUGGACCACAGUGGUCACAUGGGACACGAUAUGACUGAUAUGGGUUCAAUGAUGAUGCCCAUGUAUUUCUUCUUCUCCACCAAGGCCACCGUGCUAUUUGAAGGCUGGAAAUUCACUUCCACAGGCGGACUCAUCGGGUCCAUGAUAGGAAUUUUUUUUAUGGCAGCUUUAUACGAAGGACUGAAAUACUUUAGGGAAUAUCUCUUUUGGAGAACAUACAACUCAUUACAGUAUCGAGCCGUGACCCUUCCCGACAAAGCAACCACGACGGAAGAACCACAAGUCGUUCAAAUGGUGAGGGAGGUCAUUCAUAAAAAACCACCAACAAUGAUCAGUAAAAUGCACUUUCUUCAAACGUUUCUCCACAUGGUGCAGAUGGUCUUGUCGUACUUCCUCAUGUUGAUUUUCAUGACGUACAACACCUAUCUGUGCAUAGCAAUCGUUUUGGGAGCAGGAACGGGAUACUUUUUGUUUGGCUGGAAAAAAUCUGUUGUGGUAGACGUUACGGAACAUUGUCACUGACAUAAGUCCGCGAAAGUGGUCAAGUACAUAGUUAACCUUAGAGUAUUAAGAUAAACUUGUAAUAUAAGAUUUUUAAACAGUGCUUCUGUACUCUGAAACAAAGUUUCGCCUGCUACUUGGGAAAACCAUGAUCCUGAAAACACCACCUCUCUGGAGUGAACAUUUGGAUUUGGGACCACGAUUGAAUCAGUAUCAGAAAAAUGUGUAUUCUAGCAUUUUGUGAAAACCAUUUCACCAAAUAGUUUUCUGUUAUUUUUCAAUUUUUUAUUUCUAUGAGAAAUCUUUGAGAAAACGCGAUGAAAAGGUCGUUGGUCCUCCCAAGUAGAAAAUAUUAGAGUUUUAUAAGUUACUUAUUGAAAAUUUUCAUGGAAGACGUCUGUACAACAAUGUGACAUAUUUUUUGAUCAAGAGGAAUUAACCUUGAUUCAGAAUUACUGAAAACUGUUUCAAUAGGAUGACUGUACUACUGAAAAAAUCAAUGUAUUCGAAACAAACAAGCCUGUACUUGCCAUCAAAAAUCGGUUGUGCAUUCAAACAACGUAUCACUAGAUAGUUCGUACUGAAACCCCUGGCGUGGGACGAAUCUAUUGAAAACACCUCCGACACCAGAACAAAAUGCAGUUUCUCGACGCGCGUUUCGCUAACCAAGUUAGCGUCCUCAGGAGAUGUUAGUGUCUUUAUAUGCUGGUAGCCUAACUAUUACCUGUUAUUGUUCCUAUGCUAAACUACCUGUUUUUAAUACCUCAAAUUUGUUAUGUAUUUCCUCUAUGUUAGAGACUAUCCCCUACAUUUUUUCUCUAAUAUUUUUUUUAUUUAGAAUUCUUACGUAUAAGAGCAAACAAAGGGGUGUUCAAAAUAGGACCUUUGUCGCUAUUCAUAGAAUUUAUUCCACACUCGAGUUUUAUACAUAGGAAUUCUAAAUAAAAAACAGAUGAAUAUUAAAGAAAAAUGUAGGGGAUAGUCUCUAACAUAGAGAAAAUACAUAACAAAUUUGAGGUAUUAAAAACAGGUAGUUUAGCAUAGGAACAAUAACAGGUAGUAGUUAGUCCACUAGCAUAUAAAAACAACAUAAUAGCAAAAUUCAGCCAUAAUUAUCUCCUGAGGAUGUUAACUUGGUUAGCGAAACACACGUAGAGAGACCGUAUUUUGUUCUGGUGUUAGGAAAGUUUUCAAUAGAACGUAUAACUAGCCUAGUUAAUUCAAAGAAUCUUCCAUCACCCUAAAUAAACUCAUUUCAAAUCUAAUUUAUUCUAUGAUGAGACUGAUGAUUUUAAAAUUUUUCAACUAAAAGCACAUCAUUUACUCAUUUAAUCAAGUAUAUCAAAAAACGUUGUCACUAAGUCUUCUAUAAUGUUCCUACUUUCUUGUGAGGCAAGCAAGUUUUAAUUCAAAAGUAUUAUUCAGAAAUUAUUUGUUUUUCCAAGGGCUCAUUCAUAUUAGAGUUACAUAUUUAUCAGCCAUUCUGUAUGUAACUUUUUAGGCUGCGUCUUAGACUAAGUGAGAGAUUAUUUUAUUAUAUCGAAAACACUUUAUAAAUGUUGAAUUUUUUAUUAGUUAUUAAAUAUUUUUACUGGAAGUGAACCCAUCUUGGUCUUGAAUUGUCUGAAAACUAUUAGAAGUGAUUGUGAAUGCGAUUUGAUAUUUUUGAAAAACUGAAGGGUACUGUUAAUAUAUUUUUAUUGCUCAA